AUGUCUCCUGCUUUCUCCCAUUUCUACACCAAGCAACCUUCGAUACUACGCAGCCACGAGAAUGACACAGACGAUACCACCGAGAUCACUUCGCACCUGACCACCAUCCAAUCCUACCUCCUUCUUCAGAUCUGUGCCAUGAUGUAUCUCUGCGGCGAGAGCUCGACCCAGGGCCUCAAGAUGCACACGGCGAUGAUCUCCCUCGCCCGAUCCGCAGGCCUCAUGCAACCAACCCCGACCACCUCUUUAGCGUCAACCUCCGACCUCGACUCCCUCUGGCGCGCCUUCAUCCACGCCGAAUCGCACAAGCGAACCAUCUUCGCCGUCCACCAGAUCGACGCCCUGUACUACCAACUCCUCUCCAUCCCACGCUGCAUCUCCCACCUGGAAAUCAAGCACGACCUCCCCUGCCCCGAGAACCAGUGGUCCGCCUCGACGAGCGCGGAAUGGGCCCAUCUCCAACUCACCUCUCGCUCCACCACCACCGCCGAAACCCCCAUGCUGCAGUAUGCCGACGCAAUCCGACAUUUCCUCUCCCCAACCGCCGACGUCCAACCCAUCGCCCCCUUUGACCCCUACGGCGCCAUCAACAUCGCGCAGUUCCUCAUCUCCAGCGCCCGCGAGAUCUCCGGUUGGUCCACGAUGACGGGGAUGUUGAGCAUGGAGCGGUUCGGGGCGCUGCGCUCGUCCCUCGCGGCGCUGGGUCCGUACCUCCGUCCGGAGGAUGAUCUCGUUCCUACGGCAGAAAGCAUGCCCAGAGCGACCAGUGUCCGCACCAUCACCUGCGCCGCAACGUGGGAAACGGCCAUGCUCGAGCUCCAGAUGUGGUCUCCGUUGCACACGGGGGGCAUCGUCGGGGCGAGCAUCGACACGUGGCUGCAGCAGUCGACGCGGCUGGCGCCGACCUCGUGCGAGGUGCUGUGCGAGGUGGACACGGUGGUGCAGGCGGUGCAGCCGCACGUGGACUGGUUCCUGGGGUAUUUGGACCGGUGCGAGGCCCUGCGGGCGGAGGCGCCGUGGGUGCUGCUGUACGCGUACCAGGCGUUCUUGGUGGCGUGGCAACUAGUACGGUGGGGGGUGCCGGGGGCGAUGGGGGUGGUCGGGGUGGCAGAUGGUGACGGGGAGGGGGCGCUGCACUGGGCCAGGACGGUGUUUGGGCGGCGUGAGCGGUGGCAGAUAGGGCGGUUGAUCGGAAGAUGUCUGGACGAGCUGGGGAGGGGGUGUAGUUGA